GUGGUGACUGGGAGAAGAGGAGCAAAGCGUGCAGCAGCCAGUCAGUCAUUUAUAGUUCAUUGUUUUCAUCACUGCAUUGUACCACUCAAAGAAUUUGUUCUUUUGUGGGACGUGGUCGUUGAGGGGAAGAGACGUUUUCCUCUCUCUCUGGUGAAUUGUUCAUUUUUAAAGGGCGAUUCAGUUUUUCUAACUCUAUUUUUGUGCUGCUUGCACAAUAUUAUGAUCGUCCCACUUUGGCUGCAGUUGAAUGCGAGUCUUGGAGUGGUUUAGACUGGCUAGCUUUGGUGCUUUUCCUGCCAGAUUUAUGAAAGGAGAGAGGUCAGUAUGAAAUCUGACUUCAGUGGAACUCAAAAGUGGGAGGAACCUCAGAGGAUGGUUUGACUUGGAGGAAGGCGAUCUUCUCUUGUGGAGUGGCAUCUUUUCUACUGCGAAGAGCGAGAAGUCUUCAGUAUACAGGAGGCAAAGGAAGACAAAAACUUCAAGUUUUUGGGUUUGAAAGCUUUAAGUUCAUAGACCAGAAGAAACGGGGCAUCAUCAGGAAAACGCAUAAAUCACGUUUUGGCUUCAUCUCAUCAUUACACCAUGGCCGGGAUGUACGGAUGCUUUAAGGGUCGCAACAGUGACAGUGCUGCCAUGGCAUCAGGAACUCCAGACGUGACGACCAAUCAGGAGCCUGCUGAGGUCCAGGAAGAGUGCUCAGGAAAGAAAAAGUCCAAGUUCCAAACGUUUAAAAGGUUCUUCGCCAGGAAGAAGAGAAAGGAUCCAUCAGCUGCAGGAGCGGACGCGAGCCUCAAAGCCAGCCAGUCGAGUGACAAUGUCAGCAAAGCAUCAGAGAGCAACACACUCACUCGAGCAGAGAAGGAUAAAGGCUCUGGGUCAAAGAUCAGUCUGGGAGGCAAGGCUUUGUCACAUGACUCCGUGUUUGUUUCUGACUCAUCGGAGGCGAACGAGGCUCUGGGGGCAUCGCAGGACAGCAUUCAUGGGAAAGUGAAAUCACUUCAGCUUCAGCUGAAGCAGGCCAUCAAACUGGGCUCUCCGCCGUCUCUGAUGUGUGUGAAGAGGGCAGAAGACCCUGCGACCAUGUCUGAGGAUGAUGGCCUACCCUGCAGCCCGCCAGAAUACACAACAGUUCACACGAAUCAGGCUCAGGCGAACAGUUCCAUCAGUCUGGAGGGAAUAGACAGUGACGAGGACCGGCUGUCCUGCGCAGCCUCCAGCAGAGCAGUGAGCCCCCUGGUGGUUCCAGGAGACUUCAGCCAGCCGGCCAGUCCUUUUGUCUGUCUGGAUAACUCUGCAGCCAAGCACAAGCUGGCCGUGAGGCAAAAAGCCAGGAGGAGACCUGCCAGUCGACCAGAGGGGAAAGCAGGCCAAGAGUCUGAGGUGGAGGCGAAGCUGACGACUUCCACCCUGCUGCAGGACCAGCAGGAGGCAGAAGAAGUGGCUGAUGUUCUACUGAAACCAGAAGUUGAGAGGGAGGAAAACGAGGAGGAGGAGGAGGAGGAGGAGGAGGAGGAGAGUGAGGAGAAGGAUCAACCACAACAUUCCAUACAAUCCCUGUUGGGAGACAAGGAGGAGAGGGAGGAGGGAGAAGACGAGUCCGAAGCCGAACAGGAUGUUUCUCACGGCCCGGACACUUCCUGUCCUCCUGAGCCAAGUCACUCAGAGGAAGAAGACUCCGACAGCCAGCCCCUGCCCUCCUCCAAGCUCAGCUCGAGCGCCUCCUCUCUGGAUAGUCCCAGAGCCACACCAGAGCCCCCUUCUGGCUUGACAGACACAAGCAUGGCCUCCAGUGCAGCGGAGAGUAAGGAUGUAAGUGACUCUGCAUCUGAAGGUGAAGAAGAUGGGGUCCAGAACCACGGGGAGGAGGAGAACUCCUUCUUACAGGAGGUGCUGAGCUCUUUGAAGACGCCCCUCGUGUCUGCCUCGCUCGAUAUGAAAACUGAGGGCGCCGUCCUGGAGAUGAAGGAGGAAGAGGUGGAAGAAAAGGAGGAAGAAGAGGUAGAAAUGGAAGAAGGAGAGGAGGUUAAGGACGAGGAGGAAGAGGUGGAUGAGUCCCUCAGUUCUCAGGCUGCUCCCUCGUGCUCCAUGCUGUCAGAUCAGACCACGAAGGAAGAGGAGCAGGUUGUCACUUCCUUGUGGCAGGAAGAAGAAGGAGGAGGAGGAGUGGAUGCUGAGGAAGAAACAGAGGAGGAGGAAGAGGAGGAAGAACCAGUUGUGGAGAGAUUUAUUCGAACUGAUGAUGAGGAGGAAGGAGAAGAGCAGGCAGUGGAAGUCGAGCCUGAAGAGGACGACAGCGUGCUCUCAUGCCAAACUAUCAGCCGAGCAGGUGACAACACCGUGGAAGAAGAAGAUGGGGAGAGUGAGGGGGGGGACGAGGAGGAGGCAAUCAAGCUGGAGAAGAAGUCUGAAAUGGAGGAGGAGGAGAAAGGGUGGGAGAUGAGGGAAGAGGAUGAGGAAGUCGAGGUGACUGAAAGGACAGAAGUGGAGGAGGCAGAGGAAGCAGUGGAAGGAGAGGAGAGCGGCGCAGAAGAGAUGCCUGAGAUGCUUCCUGAUACGCCGGGUGAAGAAGUUCAGGUGGUGGCGCAGGAGGCGGAUGAAGGUGUGGCACUUGAAGGUGACGCUGUGUGCGCUGUAAAACUCAAAGAUGAUGAUCAAAUCCCAGCAGAGACGAGCAAUCAAGGACUCUCCACGGAGCAGAAGGAGCAAGAUUUCAACCAAAGCUCUGGAGACGAGACUGAAGAGGGAGAGGAGACGGUAGAACAGGGGGCUGACCUCAGCGUGGGGUUAGACCAAUCGGGUCAAGAGGAAGGCGUGGAAGCGAGCCAGAGUGAUGCAGAUCAAAGCGAACAGGAGCUGGAGAGCGAGGAAGCAACGCCGCAGUCAGACACCAAACAGAUGGAAGAGGGUCCGAGUGAAGCCGCGAAACAAGAUGACGGCUCCCCCGAGCCUUCUCCUUUGUCCCUGCCCCAUCAUGAGCCUCAGUCACCAAAGAACGAGGCCAGGAGUCCCACCAAGACCAGCACAGCGAUCGUCCACAUAAAUCUAGUUUCUCCCAGCUCAGAAAAAAACACGUCUUUAUUCCAGCUGCCUCCAGCUGCUGCGGAUUCCAGUGACAGCGCCAGUGAGGCGGCUUCACAUGACACAGAGUCCACCUCUGCAGAUAAAGAGGAAGCUGACGCUGUGGAGGAGGAGGAAGAAGAAGAUACGCAGUCCACCCGGGAUCAAGACGCUGCACCUCCUUCACCUGCUGAGGAAAAGACAAGCCAGCCGGCCUGCAGCCCCGAUCAGACUAAAGUCCGCUUCACGAUCGCUCCCGCCUGGCAGAGAUCGCAAAGUCUGAACCCUCCUCCUUCCCCGCCCGCUUCCGUCUCUUCCCCCUCCGCUGUCACACCAUCCAGCUGCGAGGAGCCGGAGACUGUGACCGAGGAUUCGGUCACGAAAGCAGAACCGGCGACUUCACCAAAGGUCGAGUUGGUGCUGAGCCCAUGUAGGGUGAAAACCGCCAAACCACAAAGCAGUGUGACACCGGCUCCACCCAAGAUCUCUACUUCUGCGAGCAUUGAAGAGAGCUCAGUGAUUGUAGAGGGAAACCCGGACAAUCCCUUUGGAGUUCGGCUGAGGAAGACGUCGGCUCUGCUGCGCUUCAGCUCAGAGGAGGAAAACACAGAGCCUCCGACUGAGUCACAAACUCAGCCACCCAGCUCUAAAGUUGACUCCCCGCAGCCAGUCAGUGUUAAGCCCUCCAUCUGUCCACCGGUCAGCAUCAAACCUGCGCUGCCUAAGAAGCCAGAGGUUCACGCUGACAGUGGAGGGAAACUGAAGCGCGUCUCAGAUUCAGUUGCGGGCCGCGCUGUUUCCGCUGGAUCUGAUCCUCCCAGCUGGAUCUCUGUGGCCAAACAGAAGCAGAAGAUCUAUAAGGAAAACUCACUGGAGGAGAUCACUGUCAAGAAGGAGGACCAAGAGAGAAAGUCUUCACUUCCAACAUACGUCUGCUCAGCUGCAAGCAAGGAGCAAGGCACCAAAACAGCUGAAACCAAAGGCAAAGGGGCUCAUUUGGAGAUGAGCAAGCCGUCAGUGUCUCCAGACAAGGAGGCCAGAAGGCCUUUCUCUCCUCCGACUCCAGUGCCGCCUCAGCCUUUAAAAUCCCAGCCCCUCCCCUGUGUUGCCCCCAAACCCUACGUCCCACCACCCCAAGCAAAGUACCCACCACAACCUAACCCUCCCCAGCGAUCCCUGUCAACACCAGACGCUCCAAAAUCUCCUGCUACUCCAUCAUCUCCCUCUAAAACUCCGCCCCCGCUCACCUGUUCCCCAUUUCCAUCGAGGACCGCCUCGGAAAAGCCCGUCCUGAGAGCGCCGGGGCUUUCUGGACAGACGCCGUCCUCCCAGCGAAACCUGCCUCCCACGGCUCUGGCCCAGGACGAGCCCCCCUGGAUGGCGCUGGCCAAGAAGAAAGCCAAAGCCUGGAGCGAGAUGCCCCAGAUAGUCCAGUGACAGGCCAGGUCAGAUUUAGAGAAACCACGCCCCCCAUGGGACCUGAAAGUCUCCAGGAUGGAGCAGAACUGGUUUGCACACAAAUAUCUUUUAAUCCUGAGCUUCAGGCUUUAGAUUGGUGUAAAAUGCCCAGCUCCACAGCUGAAGGCAGGCUCUCUUUUACUCCUUCAUUUCUGUUUUCUAAAUGACACGGUAGGACCCUGAAAGUUAACGCAUCUUACUCAAGGAGGAUGUUUGUUUGUUUGGUUGCUUUUAAAGAUUUGUAGUUUGGGAUGAGGUGCCGGAAUGAGACACCUGCAGCCUCACACCAGUACGUUUUAACUUUAACUCGGAUGAAUCCACUUCACAUCACUAAACAUUUCAGGAAAGGGAACACCGAGAUGUUAUUUUAUAUGAGAACACUUCAUUUACCCAGAACGAUGAUAAAGUAACAGAAAAAAUCUUCUGUUCUUUCUUAAGAAUGGACCUACACGAUGCUGCCGGCCUCUGUGUGUGUGUGUGUGUGUGUGUGUGUGUGUGUGUGUGUGUGUGUGUGUGUGUGUUUAUUAUAAGGCAGGUAUAAAUGCUGAUAUAUUUGAGGAAAAUGGAAUAGUCCGUGGUCUGAGAGUGAGAUGAGGAUUACAUCCAGAGCUGUUCUUUGUUUUUUGUUUUUAAAUCUACUUUUAGAGAAGCACGUCCAAUCAGGUCCAUGGACACUCCUGUUUCAGGCUCGUCCGUGUAAAUUAUAUUUUUUCAUUUUCACUUUUGAUAUUUUUGAAUUCUCUUUUUUAUAUUAUUAUCAACUCCAAGCAUCCUGCAGAAAUCUCCCAAGCCCCGCCCCCAAAAAGCUGAUAAUCAGUAAGCGCUGCCGCUGCGUUCACAGUCAUCUGUUUAAAAUUGUUUGAUGCAUCGCUGCGUUGCAGAGUGUUGUCGCCAUGAAUCCUUUUCCAGUGUAAAUGAAACAUAAGUAUAAAGCUACUUAGGCACUUAGAGCUGGGUUUGCUGCGGGAUGCAUCGUCUCUGUGUCAUUUCAGUGUGUCUGGCAGUAAGCAUGUGCAGAUAUGUGAUACUCGUUUUGUAUUGCUUUUUGAGAAUUUGUCUUGUACAUAAUAAUGCGCAGUAAAGAACAAAUUAUAAAACAUG